AUGAGCACAGAGUCACUGCUGAGGUCCCGGAAUACUGUUGCCCAGAACUUCCCAGCUGGCCCACUGCGCAAGCUCGUCACGGAAGUUUUGAACGACAGCAAGGCAGUUCCAAAAGAGGUCUCCUGGUGGGGGUCUCUGCAGCACAAGGCUGCUAUGGUCGUCGCUUCCAGCUGGUUCGAGUUUUUUGCGGGGAUGGUCAUCAUGCUGAACUUGAUCACAAUUGGCAUUGAAGCUCAGCUCUCAUUGCACAGCGGGGAGACCUACGCUGGAGAUUUUUGGCCCGGAGGUGUGGAGAGGAUUUUCUUGGCCAUCUACACCAUUGAAGCGCUUUUGCGCCUACUUGCUGGUGGCUGGCAGGUCUUCCUGGAUCUCUGGUUCUUGCUGGAUGUGGCCCUGGUCGUCAUUGGGCUGCUGGCGCUACUGAUCGUUCCGGCUGUGGCCGGCAGUUCCGGAGACAUAGAUGGUUUUGAAAGGCUGCUGGUGGUCAGGGGUCUUCGUUUGUUUCGCUUGAUCCGGGCCUGGCGGAUGCUACGUCACUUCAAGAUCGUCUGGCGCUUAAUCUAUGGGCUGAUGACUGCGGGGCAGACAAUCAUUUCUACUACUUUGCUGAUCAUGAUUUUCUUGUUCAUUUUUGCAUGUGUUGCGGUGGAGGUCAUUGCCAAGGACCAAUACCUAAUACAAACUCCAGCUACCUCCGAGAUUGUGACGGAGCAGUUUUUCGGCCUGAACCGGGCGUUGCUGACACUGAUUCAGUUCGUGACGCUUGACAACAUCGUAGAGGUGUACUAUCCGCUCAUUAUGCACAGGCCAUGGCUGUCGCUUUAUUUCUUUCCAAUCCUCAUUUUCAUCUCCAUUGGCCUCAUGAAUCUUGUUACUGCUGCGCUGGUGGAGAAUGCCAUGCAGACGGCAGCACAUGAAGCCGAAGAGGAGCGGCUGAAGUUGAAGAAGCGGGUGCGUGGAGCUUUGCCAUCCUUGAUCGAGAUCUUCCAUUCCCUGGACAAAGAUCACAGCGGCCUGCUGUCACACGAGGAGGUCGAGAACGUGCCCCUGGAUGUGUUGCCUCCAAGGGUCCUGGAUGCCAUCUACGUUGAAAGCAUGGCAGACAUCUUUGACUACUUGGAUGUCGACGGAACAGGGCAGCUCUCGCAGAUGGAGUUCGUGGAAGGGCUGCUAAAUCUUUGCCUGAUGGACAUGCCCAUCUCGACCAUCCAGUCUUUAAAGCUGUUGCAGUUAAUCCGGUCACAAGUGGGCAAGGUGGAAAAAGAUGUCGCAGCUCUGAAGAUGCAGCUGCAAGAAAUAGGUGAUGUAGAGGCUUCUUCAACUAGCCUUGACCUGCUCCGGGACCAACACAGGGAGUUGCACCAAGCUGUGGAUGAGUUGUUGGUUGGCAUCCGUGCCCUGACGCUGGCUCCAGCUCUUUCACCAAUUCCAGAAAGCCCAUUACAGUGCAAAGCUGCUGCAGGGGAAGCGCCUGCCCGUGCGGCCAUCAAGUUUGUGGAUCCAACUUCGUCCCAUCAGAUUUCUGUUGCUGACAGCGAUUUGGGUGAUUCUAUUGGGCUGAACGAUCCGCUUGUGCCACAGACAAAUAUCAGGCAAAGCCUGAGUCCGAUUCAAAGCCUGCAGCCCGAAAGCCCUGUGGAUGACAGCGAAGACCUGAAGGAAACUAGAAGGUCAGGUAGCGCAGAAUCCUUGCUGCAGCCACGCAAGUCGAUGGUCCACAAUCUCCCUACUGGGCCUUUACGCAAGUUGGUGUCGGAGGUGCUCCAUGAUGCCGAUGCCGAGGCAGUGGCACCCCAGAAUCCCUCGCGCACGGCUAUGGUGCGGAAAGCCAUCUCGGCUGUCGUGCGCUCCAACUGGUUCGAGUUCGUUGCUGGCAUGCUUAUCCUGCUGAACUUGAUCUUUAUUGGUGUGGAGGCCCAAAUCUCCCUUCAGAACCAGCAAGCCUAUGCAGAGGGCUUUUGGCCGGGAGGAGUGGAGCGCAUUUUUCUUGUUAUCUACAUCGUAGAGGCCACGCUGCGCACAGUCGGCUUGGGCUGCGUUGUGUUCAAAGACCUGUGGUUCCUGAUGGACAUGGCUCUGAUUUUCAUAGGCUUGCUUGCACUUGAAAUCGUCCCGCGAGUGGCGGGGCCUACAACGAACGCGGAUGGUUUCUACUCUGUUCUUGUGGUCCGUGGAUUUCGCUUGUUUCGCUUGGUGCGGGCGCUGCGGAUGCUUCGGCAUUUCAAGCUCAUUUGGAGACUUGUCUAUGGUAUGUUGGGUGCCGGGCAGACCAUUAUCUCGACAACAGCGCUCAUUGCAAUUUUCUUGUUCAUUUUUGCCUGCGUGGCAGUCGAGCUGAUUGCCAAAGAUUCCUACCUGAAGGAUUUAGAUGAAACUGGUGAUAUUGUCAAGAAUCGGUUCGAUGGCCUCAAUAUGUCGCUCUUGACAUUGAUACAGUUUGUAACGCUGGAAUCCAUUGCGGAGGUCUAUUAUCCUCUCAUCGUGAACAAGCCCUGGUUGGUGUUGUACUUCGUGCCAAUCCUGAUUUUCCUAUCCGUUGGCCUGAUGAACCUAGUCACAGCCGCACUAGUCGAGAAUGCCAUGGAGACGGCAGCACAUGAAGCGGAAGAGGAACGUCUGAAGUUGAAAAAGAGGGUGCGUGGAGCACUGCCAUCCCUCAUCCAGAUUUUCAAUGCGCUGGACAAGGAUGGCAGUGGGUUGCUUACCCGUGAGGAGGUCCAAAAUGUGCCCUUGAGCGUGCUUCCACCAAGAGUCUUGGACACCAUCUUCGUGGAUAGCAUGGCUGACAUCUUUGAUUACCUUGAUGUAGCUGGCACCAACCAGCUGACUCAGAUUGAGUUUGUAGAAGGCUUGCUGAACCUUUGCCUGAUGGAUACACCCAUUUCAUCAAUUCAAUCCCUAAAGCUCUUGCAGAUGAUCCGGUCCAUAGUCGGUCAAGUGGAGCAGGAGAUGACCACCGUCAGACGAGAGAUGCACAAGCUGAGGAUGUUUGUCACAACAGUUGGCAUCUGA